AAAGGGUUAAUUGGGGCCUUUCUUGGUAAGUGAUACUAAAGAUUCCAUAAAUAAGCAUAUUGAGUCUUAUAUUUAACACAAUAUAAGAGGUUUAAUUUUCCUGGCACAAGCUUGCUGGCCCAAUAGCUAUCCUUCAUUCACACUCGACUUUCACAGUGAGAUCACAGAGGCUUAUUUCAUUUUAGUGACAGCUCAGUUAAGAUACAAAUCACUCGUGAACGUGUACAAUCCAUGACAAUUUAUAUUUUCAGAGGGGUUUUUCCCUCCCAAGUGUCUCUCCAUCCAGAUAUCAUUUUAAGAAGAGCACCCAUUGACAGGGUCAUUUUGGCAAAGUAUUUUAGGGCUUCGUCCGCCGAUCAUCCAUAGAGUUUUAGUUGUCUGUAGAUGGGACAAGUGUGUCUGUUUCACUUCCUGCUCGUCACUGUUCGCUGGACUAACUCUUUCGGCUUCUCGGUCAGUGGCUUUCCGUGUGGUUCCUGGGAUCUUCCCGCAUCACUUUCCCCGACUUCAUCAAAGCCUGCGCGUUUUUGCCAGAUUCCUAACUUUACUUUUCAGUUGGUUUGCAUUCUGCCCUGUUGGGUGUGUCUGAGCGUCAGGACCUGGUAAGAAGUUACCAGCGGACACGGAGCCCGUUCCUUGGAGAGAGGGCCCUUAUCAGUGAGGUUCUCAUGUUAGGAUGAGUUCUGCUUCCGUGCACAAUCCCUCCCUGUGGCAGCUGGGAUAGCGAGCAUUCAGAUAAUGAUGAUACCAGGGCAGGGUGGUGCUGUUGCCAGGGAAACCGAAGCGUCGGGUGGAGGUGGGACUGGUGACCUCUGAGGGUCUGCGUGUCAGACUGAGUCAGUGGGGUGGCCGGCCGGCACUCACCCGUGCCAGGCCACCAUCUUGUCCUGUCUCCACGGGAAGGCCUUCCAUGGCACCAGGGAGAGACAGGCAGGCCGACGCCCCACCUUCGCCACCCCGAAGCCAGUCUGGCUUCCUCUUCUUGCCUCAUCCAAGCACCUUCCUCGGUCGCAGGUCUGGCCGUGGAAGCUGGAGCUGGAGGAUGUGGGAGGGGCAGGCGUUCUGAGGGCUCCUCCACGACCGGACCCAGAACCCAUGUGUGCCCAUCCACGUGAGAGUGAGGACACGGAUGGCCUUUUGCAGGCUUCCUGAGAGCCCCGUGCCCCAAGGCAAGUUCCUAGAGGAGGGCCAGGGGCCGCAGGCUGCAGACAAGCUGGCCAACGGCGUCAGGACGGACAAGCGGGCCUGGGACCUGGCCUCCCGCCUCUAUCGCCUGGAGGGUUUCCGGAAGUCCGAGGUGGCUGUGCACCUGCGGAAGAACAAUGACUUCAGCAGGGCUGUGGCUCAGGAGUACCUGUCCUUCUUCCAGUUCGGUGGCCAGAGCCUGGACCGGGCCCUUCGGAGCUUCCUCCAGGCGCUGGUGCUCAGCGGGGAGACCCAGGAGCGGGAGCGAGUCCUGUUCCAGUUCUCCAGGCGCUUCCACCACUGCAACCCCGGGCUCUUCUCCUCAGUAGAUUCUGUGCACACCUUGACCUGCGCCAUCAUGCUCCUGAACACGGACCUGCACGGCCAGAACAUUGGGAAGAGCAUGAGCUGCCAGGAAUUCAUAAGCAACCUGAACGGCCUGCAGGACGGCGGGAACUUCCCCAAGGAGCUGCUGAAGGCCCUGUACUGGUCUAUCCGGAGUGAGAAGCUGGAGUGGGCCGUGGACGAAGAAGACACAGCCAGACCUGAGAAGGCCCGGUCCUCACCACUCGGCGGCAAGAUGAGCAGCCCCUUCCUCCAGCCGGCCCUGGACCCCACGGGGCCCACCUACAAGCAGGGCAUCCUGGCUCGGAAGAUGCAUCAUGAUGUGGACGGCAAGAAGACGCCAUGGGGCAAGCGUGGCUGGAAGAUGCUCCACACCUUGCUCCGAGGGAUGGUCCUCUACUUCCUGAAGGGAGAGGACCACGGCCCCGAGGGGGAGAGUUUGGUGGGGCAGAUGGUGGACGAGCCCGUGGGGGUGCACCACUCGCUGGCCACGCCGGCCACCCAUUACACCAAGAAGCCACACGUCUUCCAGCUUCGGACUGCCGACUGGCGCCUCUACCUCUUCCAGGCACCCACUGCCAAGGAGAUGAGUUCCUGGAUCGCGCGCAUCAACCUGGCCGCCGCCACGCACUCAGCGCCGCCCUUCCCGGCCGCGGUGGGCUCCCAGCGGAGAUUCGUGCGGCCCAUCCUGCCCGUGGGCCCUGCCCAGAGCUCGCUGGAGGAGCAGCAUCGGUCCCACGAGAACUGCCUGGACGCUGCCUCCGACGACCUGCUGGAUCUGCAGAGGAACUUACCGGAGCGGCGGGGCCGCAGCCGGGAGCUGGAGGAAUACCGCCUGCGGAAGGAGUACCUGGAGCACGAGAAAACCCGCUAUGAGAUGUACGUGCAGCUGCUGAUGACCCGUCUGCACUGCCCCUCGGAUGACCUGGACCUGUGGGAGGAGCAGCUGGGGAGGGAAGCCGCAGGCCCCCAGGAGCCCAAGCCCAGCCUGAAGAAGUCCCACUCCAGCCCCUCCCUGCACCAGGACGAGGCCCCCACCACCGCCAAGGUGAAGCGCAACAUCUCAGAGCGCAGAACCUACCGGAAGAUUAUCCCCAAGCGGAACCGCCAUCAGCUGUGAAGCUUCACUCACAGACCUUGGCCCCUGCUCUGGGGCGGACCUGGGAUGAAACCCUGUGGGAUGAAGGGGAGGCCCCUGCUCUGUUGAGUAACAGCCCUCUCUGAGCUUGCCGGAGUACUGCUCUGCCCUGCUCUGCCCCGAGUCAGGUCCUCAGCCGCCCUGGUCCCUGGCCACUCCCUAGGGAAGAGAGAGACCAAAGAUUUGGCUCCACUCCCAGAGUUUGUCCCCUGUCACUCUUCACUCCUCCAAAAUUGAGAACGGCCCCUUUUCCUGGGUCUGGGGCAGCUUAGUGCUUGUUGGGGAAGCAGAGCAGAUGGUACCUGCGCUUCCAGGAGAGACCCUGGGGCAGCCGAGGCCUCUGGGCAGUCAGGCCCCCGGGGAUGGUCUUGCUUUGGGAAUCAGGUGACCUGCUGGGAGAGGCCUGGGAAGACACCCCCACCCCCCCCACCCCCAGCAAACUUCCUGUCGCCC